AUGUCAAACCAACUGAAAACAGCAAAGGACACGCUCGUCUCCUCCUUAUACGAACUAUCAAAAGCUGCCAACGAGGCCUCAGCCGCUACCGUCGACUUCUACAACGCUUCCCUCACCGUCGAAGAGGACCCUAACGAAGUGUUUAAGCAAUUGGCUGAAUCCCUCAGAAUCCUCACCAACGCUUCUACUGGGGUCAGUGAAACUGCUAGACUCAUUGCUGCUUCAAACUCUCAAAUCGAUCCAAAUGUCAUCCAAUCCUCUUUAAUCAACAACAACAACAAUUCCUUGAUCCCAAAUCAAAACAAUGAUCACCACGCAACAACAACAACUUCAACUCCAUUAACUAACGAAAAACCUGCUAAAAAGAAAGUUGAAAAAGAUCCAAACGCUCCAAAGAAACCUUUGACUGUGUUUUUCGCUUAUUCUGCCUAUGUUCGUCAAGCUUUAAGAGAAGAUAGAUUAGCUAAAGGUUUACCAGCUUUAUCAUCAACUGAAAUUACUCAAGAAAUUUCUAAAAAAUGGAAUGAGUUAGGUGAAGCUGAAAAGGAAAAAUGGAAAGAAGCUUAUAAUGAAGAAUUGGAACAUUAUCAUGUUAAUAAAGAAAAAUAUUUAGAAUUGAAAAAAAUUGGUGAAGCUCCAAUUUUAACUGGUCCAAAUCCUGCUCCUGUUCCAAUCCCUGCUUAUUUACAAAAAAAUCAUCAUGAUAAAUCAAGUAAAAAAAGAGAUUCUGAAUCAAGUGAAAAAAAAGAUAAAAAGAAAAAAAGUAAAAAGAGAAAAUCAAAUGCUCCAGAUUCAACUUCAACUGAUAUUCAAAUUGGUGUUUAA